CAGCCAUCGUUGCUUACUCGGAAAAUGAACAGGUGGUUGGUCUGGCAGCAAAACAAAGUAGAAUAAGAAAUAUUUCAAGCACAGUAGUGAAAGUGAAGCAGAUCCUUGGCAGAAGCCAGAAGUGUUGUCCUCAGACCUGGCUUCUCAGCAAUUAGCCCUGAGAGGAAAGAACCGGCUGGCUCCUCCUGGAAAUAUGCUGAGAGCAUACAGAACUUCCCCACGCCUUCAAAAUUGUACCCUGCUGCCCAGGAGCUUGCUUCAGUAGCCUUCCCAGCCCACUAUGGCCACCACCAAUAGCAGUGCGGGCAUCCGUUGGUCCAGACAGGAGACACGAACUCUUCUCUCCAUACUAGGUGAGGCAGAGUACAUCCAACGCCUCCAGACUAUGCAUCAUAAUGCAGAUGUCUAUCAGGCCGUGUCUAAGCGGAUGCAGCAGGAAGGCUUCCGCCGCACCGAACGCCAGUGCCGCUCCAAGUUUAAAGUUCUGAAGGCAUUGUAUUUAAAGGCCUAUGUUGCCCAUGCCACAAGUAUGGGGGAUCCACCGCACUGUCCAUUUUAUGAUAUGUUGGAUCAGCUUCUUCGAAAUCAGAUAGUGACUGACCCAGACAACUUAAUGGAGGCUGCUGCCUGGGCCAAGCACUGUGAUCAGAAUUUAGUGGCCUCUGACACCCCAGGGGAAGAGGGAAGCAGCAUGCGGAAAUCGAAAAGGACUCAGGCAGCUGGUCACCAGCGUAUUUUGCAAACAGUUAAGGAAUCAGAUGAGGAUUGUCAGCUGAGAAUCAGUGAUCGGAUGCCAGAAGCCAGUGACCUUGAGGACUCCUGGGAUGACUCCUCGGGUGCAGGGUGCUCUCAAGGGACCCCCAGCUACAGCAGCUCCCACCACCUUUUCAGAGGUUCAGUUGCUCCCUGUCAGAGCAGCCCCAUGACCAGACUGGGUGUGUCGAGGGAAUCCAGUCCCUGCACCAGCAGCAGCCGAAACCCUCUUGGGGCAGCCUCCACACCACAGCCUCCAGGCUCCUCUUCCAGAGUUGCUUUUAUCUCUGGUGGGGAUAGACUUCUGACCAGUGAGCCCCCUCCACGGUGGGCAAGGCGAAGAAGGCGCUCAGUGGCCAGGACCAUUGCAGCUGAGUUGGCAGAGAAUAGGAGAUUGGCGCGAGAACUCUCCAAGAGAGAGGAAGAGAAGCUGGACAGGCUGAUUGCUAUUGGUGAGGAGGCCAGUGCCCAGCAAGACACUGCCAAUGAGCUGCGCAGGGACACUGUCAUCGCCGUCAGACGCUUGGCAACGGCGGUGGAAGAAGCAACUGGAGCUUUUCAGCUAGGGCUUGAGAAGUUGCUUCAGAGAUUGAUUUCAAAUACCAAAAGCUAGGAACUGGUUGAAUGGACCUAUUUUCCAGACUGUUACAAGCCCACAUCGAACAACUACCUUCUGGAACCCUGGCUCCCUUUCUGUCUUCAGAAAAAAAGAAUAGAUGAACUGCUGAUACGCAGAACGGUACCCUGCCGAUCCACAAGCUCAGAAAUACAUCUCGGAAAGUAAAUGUUUAGUCAUUGAGAAAAAUGGGAAAUUGCGAUAUGAAAUAGAUACUGGAGAAGAAACAAAACUUGUUAAUCC